AUGGAGCCGCUGCGGGAGCUGCGCGUGGGCUUCAUCGGCGCGGGGCGCAUGGCGGGCGCGGUGGCCCGGGCGAUGCUGCUGGCAGGAGAAGUCCAAGCAGUGAAUAUUCUGGCCAGCGCUCCAUCCAACAGGAAUCUGGACAAAUUCCAGAGCUUCUCCUGCCAGACGACCCACUGCAACGUGGAGGUGCUGGAGAAGUGCUCCUUCGUAUUCCUGGCCACCAAGCCCCACGUCCUCCCGGCCGUCCUGCGAGAGAUCGGCCCCGCCGUCACGCCCAGGCACGUCCUCGUUUCAAUGGCCGCUGGCGUCCCCCUCCGCACCCUGGAAGAGCUGCUUCCCGUGGGCACCCAGGUCCUGCGGAUCAUGCCCAACCUGCCUUGCGAGGUGCAGUCGGGAGCCGUCCUGCUCACCCGGGGCUCCUCCGUGGGAAAAGAGGAGACCUCUGUGCUGAAGGCCCUCCUGGCUCCCUGCGGGUUGUGCGAAGAGGCGCCCGAAUCCUACAUCGACAUCCACACGGCGCUGAGCGGCAGCGGCGUGGCUUACGUCUACAUGUUCGCGGAAGCCCUAGCGGAAGGGGCCGUGAAGAUGGGGAUGCCCGGCCCGCUCGCCAACAAGAUUGCAGCUCAGACUUUGUUG